CCUCACCUCACGUCGACGCCGCAGCCGCCGGUCGCCGCCGGCGUUCUCCGUUCGUCGUCACUUUCGUGUUCGUACGCAUACGCAUUCUAGUCGGACUGCAACCCGCGUCAGGAGAUCGUGUUUUGUCGUUUUGUCUUCGCCGAGGGUCUGAUCAGAUCAUCAAAAUCAACUUCUCGUCCACUCUAAACCAAAGGGCGCGUCACUCGCAUCUCACUCGCUGUUCGCAGUAGCAGUGUGCCCCGCCUGGUCCCAAUAUAGUCUGCUCCGAGUCACGCGCACGAGGCUGGCCAUUAGCACAUCUUACAUUUAUCGUUAAGUUUGUGUCUCUCGUGGCUCGAUGGCAAUGUCCAUGCUGACCCUGGAGCAGCUCCCGGACGACGUGAUCGUGAUGGUGCUGCAGCACCUGCCGGUGGAGGACGUCCUCGACUGUCGCCUCGUGUGCAAGAGGCUCUGCGGCCUGUCCCUGCAGCGUGACGUCUGGCGCCACCUGUCACUGAAGGACGACAACCCCCACGCGGGCGCGGUGCUGCACCUGGCCCCGUGCCUCGACAAGCUGACCGUCACGGGCCGAGUCCCGACCCUAGCGGUGACCACGACCAGUUGCGCCGUGUCAAACUUGGAACUGGAGGACGGCGAGGCCUUUGACGACGCAAAGUACGCCUUGGCCGUGCUCAACCAGGAGUCCCUCGGGCGCCUAAAGAGACUUGUCCUCGGUAUAGUGAGCCCCAAAGAGAUGAUAAAAGCCGACCUGCUGUUCAGGACUGUUGCGGCAUGUGCCGGCCUGGACUCGCUUAGUGUCUUUUACGAGCCGCCCUCAACCACCCACCCCAUUGUUCGUGGGCCGCCCGCCUCGUCGCUCACUAUGUUCAGGUGCGUGGUCGGCGGAAACUCCGCAUCCUUUGUAAACGCCAUACUGGCCGGGCACGCGGCUACCCUUGAAGAGGUUGAGAUCGACAACGCAGAUUCCGACUUGAAGAAUACCACGCUGGCGGACCUGUUAGCCGCCAUGCCGAGACUCCACAGUCUGCGAUGCGACAGUACACUCAGCGGGUUAGAGAAAGUGGCGGAGUGCAAAACGCUCACAGAUGUGAACAUUUACCUGUGGAGGUUCCGCGGUGAUUUAGACAGGGUAGCAGAGUUUCUCCGUCGAGCCAACCAGUUGCGACGUGUCCACCUGCAGAACUCCACGGUAGAUUCCAUCGGCAAGUACUGCACCGUGCUGGUCGAGGCUCUGGUUUCGUCCCGGCGGUCCCUCGUAGAGCGGCUGGCCCUUGAUGCGUUCGACGACGUGCGGCCGCUGCUCCGCGCGCUGCCCUCGCUGCCCGCCCUGCGCCACCUGGACCUGGACGGUGCCGAGCCCGACGACGAGCUGCUCAUGAGCAUCACCCCGGUCACGGCCCCGGCGCUGAGGCUGCUGGAGAUUGCACUUGUCGGGGCGGGGAGGUGUCCCCACGCCUGGAUGCACGGGGCCGCCGUCAAGGCCACGCUGACGGCCAACCCCCUGCUGCACAUCCAGCUAUGGUGCAACGCUGGCCACUGGUACGCACCCCAAGAGUGUGAAGUGUGUCCGGAGUACUGUCAUCGAGGCGUUGAGUGGCACGCAGUGGAGAAGAUAGGCCUCUACUCGCACGCCCCCGAGCAGUGCCCCUCUCCAGAAGACCACAAUGACGACGUCGACUGGCAGAGGUGCUUCGGCCGUCGUACUAACGUUGCGUGUACGUGGAUCCAUUUGUAAUGUACUUGUGAUUGAUUGUGAAAGUCAGACGUGUUAAUAAAAAGGGUUAAUGUC